AGAUGAUUCUUCGAAAACGCAAAGAACAGCUUUUGUCUCCCGACGAUCGAGAGAAUGUAUUAAAUAGAAUACACAAGUUCCUCCUCACCACCUUGGCUGAUGAGACGAGUUUAGGAAGAAUACCCACAGACAAGUUUGUCAUAAAUAAG